AUGUCGUCCCAAAAACACCCCAUGGAGACGUACCACGGCAUGGUGCGGACGCCUGCCGACGCCAUCAAGCUGUUCGAGGCCUGCCGACUCGGCCUGUUGCCGCGCGUGCAAAGACGGCUGUCGGAGAAGGAGCGGCAAGCCAUCCGGUCUGGCUCCGUGUUUGUGUGGGACGAGCGGGAAGCCGGCAUGCGCCGGUGGACGGACGGCAAGUCAUGGAGCGCCAGUCGUGUGUCCGGCAGCUUUCUGACCUACCGCGAGAUGGAGGGCAAGCGUGGCGGCGGCUUCAACACAAUGCGCCGGGUGUCGGGCAAGACGCCAGACUCGUCAGGCCGCGGAAGCGACGAAGACCAGGACGACGGCGAGCCCGACGGCUACCGCUACAAGGCGGACGGUCUCAUGAAGCAGUCGUUCAGCAUCACCACCUCCAACGGCCAGCACCUGCACCUCAUCUCCUACUACGCGCGCCCAGGGCCCGGCGAUCCGGACCUGCCGCAACCCAUCAUCGACCCGAGCCUGCGCAGCGUCGUCCCCGUCAAGGGUAUGUACCCGGAGUCGAGCUUGAGCGACAGCAUGCCCGUGGCCGCCGUGUCGCGCGUGCCCGUGUCCCACCAGCAGCAGCAGCAGCAACACCACCAGCCACCGCACUACACCCACCACCCGCCACCACCGCCGCCGCACGGCCACCACCCGUACCCGCCCUCCUCCUAUGGCCAGCCGGGCUAUUCCUGGCCUCCGUCACCCAUCGCCACGCCCCCGUACAGCGGCCACUAUACCACGUCUUCGGCUCCCUACCCUCCACAACAGCAAGGUCACUACUCCCAGACGUCGCCUCCUCCGCCACCACCGCCGCACGGCUACUACCAGGGCCCGCCACCACCCCAUGCGCAGCCGUAUGGCAGCAGCGCGCCACCGCCACUACACGCGCCGCCCUACGGUGACCGCGUGGCGCUGCCACCGCCACAGAACAUGGGCGCCCCGUCGUCCCGCACCACGCCGCCCACGCACCACGUCUACGUGGGCAACAGCCACCAGACGCUGUCCAACUCGCCGCCGUCUGCCUAUCACCAAGCACCAGCCCCCGUUCUGCCACCUGUGUCCUCGGCCGCCUCGGGCCCUUCGUCGUAUCAGACGUCGCCGACCUCGGGUGCCCGCCUGACCCUGCCGCCUGUGUCGCAGGGCCCCCUGCCGGCCCUGAACGCCUCGGCGCCGACGGCCACGGCCACCAUUCCCGCGCCCGCCGCGCCCACGUCUGGGUCGUCUGCCCUGACGCCGCCCUACCAGCACCAGCAGCAGUCGCAGCCGCCGCCGUCCAAGGUGUACUUUGGCGCAGAGGCCACCUACGCCAGGGGCAGCUCGCCGUCCUCCGCGGCUGCUGCCACGGCUGCUGCCACGGCUGCUGCCACGGCUGCUGGCGCGACCACCAACACCUCCGGCGGUGGCAGCAACAAGGCCAGCCUGUCGGCGCUGCUGCACCCGACACCGGCCAACUCGGAACCCAACAGCGCCAACGCCGGCAGCACCAACAGCACGAGCAGCUCGCCGCGGCACCAGAACGCCGCCGUGCCUGUUGGUGCCGCUGCUUCGGGCAGCAGCACCUCCCAGCAGUUCCUCCAGCCUGCACCGUCGGGUGAGGACUCGCGCGCGCUGUCCCGGUUGGACAAGAAGUUUUGCAUUUGA